GUAAUCGAUGGGUUUCCUUCCUCCCACUCAUGCUGCACUAUAGCUAAUGAUAUGCUAUCUGCAUGACUAGGUGAGAGCUAUGCAAAACACUUCAUAAAACAUUUCUGCUCUCAUCAUCAAAACAACCCUAGCUCUAUAUAAAGAUGUCACCCUGGGCAUGUGAGUGUGUCCGUGGUGAUGAGAGUGGUGUGAGGGAGUUAUGGCGACUGCGAAUGAACUGGGUGUUUGUAGCGGCAUUGUCGGUCCUAGCAACUACCAGCAACACUUCCAUAUCGUCAUCGUUCCAUCAGUUUGUCAUCAACCCUCCUGCUGACAAGGACAACCAUUCUUCAUGGAGUGAGACUGCGUUUGGUAUGGGUGAGUCCGAGUCAUUCUACUCAUGGCUCAUCGCUGUCUUCAACUUUGGCUCAGUAUUUGGAGCCAUUGUUAGUGGGUUCCUCGUUCACUGUGUCCCGUAUUGGCACCUGUUUGCCAUCAGCCUAGUCACGCACAUCACUGGCUUCACGCUCUAUGCCGUCACUUAUAAGGGCUGGUUGAUUCUCAUCUCAAAGUUUCUCUCUGGCUAUUUCAUUGGAGCACAAUGGUCGCUUAGUAUCGGAUACACUGCAAAGAGCGCUGAGGAGUAUGUGGGUAUACUGAGGGGGGUGGAGCUAGACAGAGGAUCAGUGGAGAAGGUUAAGCGUUACGUGUUCUCCUCUCAGGCUGUGGGUGUGGCUAUUGGCUUCGUUGUAGGUCCAGGUGCUGCCGUUAUAUUUGCCCAGUUUCCCAUCGAUCAAUUCCGAGCCAUAGCCUGGUACAACAUAGUCAUGGGAACAGUCUUACUGUUGCUGCAACUGGUUCUCUUCCGAGGGGAGGCGGGCUGUCGCGGUUGGAGCCAAAUCAAAACUUCUUGUCAUUGUCCGGAGGAAGUCAAGAGUGGAGUGAACAAUGGGCUCAUGGGAUUAUUCAUAGUCGUGACGCUCCUACUGUUUCUGGUAGUAGCUGCUCUGAGGUUUGGCUACUUCGAGACGUUAUUCAAUCCUGUACUCAGUGACUCGUUUGGUUUUGAUGAGAGGGACUCCUCCUACUACUUCCUGGCACUGGCCGUCCCCUACCUGGGGGGUGUGCUCACUCUGGUGAUUCUUCAGCGACUGGCCCUUAGUAACCAGUUGAUAGCCAUCAUUGGUAUCAUCAUGACCUUCGUCGCUUGUAUACUAUCAGCUGACUGGCAGUCCAUUCCAUACGACCCCUGCACUCAACUGAGUCCAUUCCACCACCCGGAAAUAUUAAACACUUCUCAUAAUAAGAAUAGUGUUCCCUUGAAUCAGAGCAUCAGUGGAUUUGAAAUCGCUCCGUUUGGUGUCAAAAUGAACUGUACUUUAACUGAGAGUUGUGAUUAUUGCAAUAGCAGCCAACUUUGUCUUAACUAUUCUGUUAGUACCGAACACUUACCAUCCAAAACAUGGCGGGCUAAUACCGAACUGUCCCUCAAGUUCCGGUGCAAUACACGAUUAGACACCUUCUCUACAGCACACCACCCCCUAGCCCUCUCUCUCUGCAUAUUGUACUCUGAACCCUCCGCUACCACUGAGUUGGCUCAUGUUCAAGAGUUAACCGUUCUAUCUGGUAGUACAUAUAACCGUUCCAAACACAACUGUGAGGCCGCUAACGUGAGCAGUUGCCAUUGGAUACCGUCAUCGUCCGUUACACACAAAGAGUGCACAGAUUGUCAGCCGAUUUGCAGAGGGGUGGGCCAAACACUUUUUUUCUGGCAGUUUGUACUGGGUACUAGUACAAUAAUGGCGUCUCUCCCUAUUCUAUGGGUGUCACUCAUGGCAAUGGCCUCGUUUCAAGUGAGAGUGGAGUCUCAGGGGUUACUUGGAGGUGCUACGGCCGCUGUUAAUUCUGCGGCUCGUGGAAUUGGACCACUGAUUUUGGAUGCAGCCUAUGAGGGUAUGCAAAAGAGAAUGUUCCUGGCGAUGCUGAUCCUACUGUUCCUCCAUGUGCCCAUGCUCCUGGAGAUUCUAUUGCUAUACAAGAAGCUAGGCCCACCCCCCAGCCCACCCCCCGGGCCUGUACAGGGCGGUGGCUACAAGACACUACCGAAUACAAGCAAUGAACUCUCUGACCUUGAGAACAAUGAUUGAUCACUAUAGAUAGUUUAUUAUUGUGGCAAUAUUUAUUUGUUAUUUCUCUCAAAAUUGCAAAUCACAAUUCAUCGUUAAUCAAUGUUAGUCCUAACUG